UAGGGUUUAAUGAAAAUGUCCUCAAACAAAUCAUCAAAAUGUAUUUAUUGGAGCCAAAAGAAAGAGUAGGCUUAGAAAUGAGACCUUACCUCUCAGAGAAGCCAUAUGUUGCUGACAUAGAAUAUGAAGAAAGGCGGAAUUGGUUGGAAAAUCAGUAUAAGUUCAUCACAUCUAACCGUCCCAGAGUGCAACCAAAACCAGAGGUUUAUGCAUGGGAGAAAAUAUUCCGAAUCAAGUAUAAUGACUUGCCACAGAUGAAUAAGAGAGCAUGGUUCAUGGGUCAACAGCCACCACCUGAUUGCAGACGAUAUGAUGAUCAUCCCCCUAUUUAUAAACCUAACGCUUUGAGAACUGAGGAAGACAACCUGUAUUGCCGUAAAAUUAGACGAGUGUUUAGAACUUUCUAUCCUGGGACCAACAAGGAAAAAAUUAAACCACCUGGAAAUUAGUUUUGAAAACCAAAAUAAAAAAGGUGUAAGAAUGAGGUCAGAUUUUAACAUUAUUCAAAAUAAAUUUAAUUUAUUGUUUCAUUUGGUACAAUGUAAGUAGAUAACAUUCAGAUGUGCUUUCUCUCUCAAUUACAUCUCAUCUUACAAAAUCAAUAAAAAUUAACAAAUGAAAAUGGA